CCGUUGGGUUUCGCGGCCUUCUUCCCCCUCUUCCCCAUUUUCCCCCCAAAACCUCGCCGCCACACCAACCCGGGGAAGAGAGAGAGAAACCCUCAAUCGCCGCCGGAAGGAGCCAUGGUGAGCACCAGGGCCACGGCCACCACGGAUCCCUUGGCCGCGGCGCUGCCGAAGCGUCGCGGCCGGCCGCCGAAGGUCCCGCUGACUUCGGAGGCGAAGGCGGCGGAGGAGGAGCCGCCGCCGAGGAGCCCGUCGCCGGUGUCCCCGCUGGCGGCGGCGGCGGAGAGCUACGAACGGGAGAGGGAGGCGAGGAUCCGGGAGAACAUGGAGCGCAUGCAGCAGCUGGGCCUGCUCGACCUCGCCACCCGCUUCAACCAGUCCGCUACCCCUAGCGGGCGCCGCCGCUGGCAGCGGAAGCCGGAGACGCCGGGAUCCGACGGUGCCGCUCCCAGGAUGAAGCCCGCCAACCCGACGCCCACGCGCCGGUCCCUCAGGUUGAAGGAUGUGGAGCCAGUUAGCUAUGUUGAAAUUCGCACAAAAGUGGAGAAGGAUCUUGAAGGUGGAAGUUCUUUCUCAAUUGAGGAAGGAUGCAAGGAAGAAGUUUACACUGAAGAGCAUGAGAAACUUUUAGGUACAUGUGAGACACCAUGGACUCUCUUUGUUGACGGUUAUGGCAAAGACGGUAAGCGCAUCUAUGAUCAAGCGAGGGGCCAAACCUGUCAUCAGUGCCGACAGAAAACUUUGGGUCAUCAUACAAGGUGCUGCAAAUGCCAGAUUGUCCAAGGGCAGUUCUGUGGAGAUUGUUUGUACAUGAGGUAUGGUGAGAAUGUGCUAGAAGCUAACAGCAAUCCCAAUUGGACCUGUCCAGUUUGUCGUGGCAUUUGCAAUUGCAGUAUCUGUAGAACUAAGAAAGGAUGGUUUCCUACUGGCAAUGCGUAUCGGAAGGUUGUCAGGCUUGGGUACAAAUCUGUGGCACAUUACCUCAUUGAAACACAGCGAUCAUCAGCUACCUCAGGGGAUUCAAGCUCAGCUUACUCCUCAAACGAGUUGCCUUCUUCCAAGUCAGAAACCUCGUCUGUUUCUGAGCAUGCUCCAGUUGUCAAGGAGGGACUGAAGGAUGCUGACUUGAGCAGCAAAGUGAUGAAUGAUGUUGGUGCAAAUGACCAGAAUAAAGGAAACGAAAAGCCAGCAGCCAAAGAUGAAGCCAAGGCCCUAGGGAAGAUUACUGAUGUCUGCAAGGAUGCUGACUUGAGCAGCGAAGUGAUGAAUGAGGUUGGUGAAAUUGACCACAAUGAAGGAAACGAAAAGUCAGCAGUCAAAGAUGAAGCCAAGGCCCUAGUGAAGAUUACUGAUAUCUGCAAGGAUGACGGGAAAAGUGAGUCGGUGACAUCUGAUUCUCUGGAAUGUCAGGCUAGCCAGGACAUUGGCUGCGUCACUCCAUCUAAGCCUGAGCGAAAGAAGAGGAAGCUGGUCGAACGAAGCCCCGACUGUGUCGCAAGCAGACUGCGGUCCCGGUCUGCCAAGUCAUGAAGACUUGACCUUAUGAGCAGCACAACUCCUUUUGCUAUGCUAUUACCUUGUACCGACCCAAGGUUCAUGGUGUCUUUUGGUUCGAUCGUCGCCAUUUAGUUCCAGUAGGUAAUUGUGGUGCUUCACCCUUUUGCAAAGUUGUGCUGCAGCUUAAGCAAUGAUGGUUGUAUAUGGUGUGAAUUUGCUAUGGCCCUCCUGUUUGCUGUAACCUGGAUACUCUAAUUGAUCGGAAUGGCAUAUCUGCUGAAUGUCCAGUUCUU